AUGUCUUCCACCUACAGAAACCUCCUUCUCUUGGCGGUUGCCGGUCUUGCAAUAGCGACACCAUUGCCACAAUACGAUAGCGAGCCCCAGAGGGCUAUUGUAAAUGAGACGGCCGGGUCCCCUUCAUGGGCUGAGAUGGACACUAUGAAGGUCAUUACACCAAUUGGUGCUGAAUGUUUCCUCAUGGGAAACCCUCAUGUUUAUCCGCUUGGUCUCAGAGUUGGUAUCUACCUUCAAUGGUUUGCUACUAUCUUGGCCAACUUCUUCGUCCCGUCGGUUGCCUCCUCGAUGCGCGGUAUCAAUACGUUGUUUCAAAUCGCCAUCUUCAGUGGUCUAUCUUAUGAAAUUACCAAUAUGGAUGCAUUGGAUGGGAUUGAAGUUUUCAUUCUCCUGACCCUUUGCAUCGGAAGCGUCGUUUGCUUGAUCACCUCCCCCAACAUGGACGUCAAAGUCACCAGAGCUGGGCAUAUCGCUAGAUUAUUUGUUUUUCUCGGUAUCUUUAUGUUCGGAUCAUGGUACUGGUUUACUGGCUACAAGUUCACCGCUAUGACUAGGUGCACACAAGAGAUUCUGUUCCUCUUCUUCUGGAAGGUCCACCUCUACCACUGGUUCAUGGGUUUCUCCCAGGCUGUCAUGAUCAUUGGUUGCCUUGCCUGCGCUGGUACCCUUGGUUAUGAGAUUUAUUACCUCACCAACAUCAUCGGCAACGACGGCUUCAAGCCCACUCUCUCCAAGGCCCUCCAAGGCAAACUUCACAGAGACUCCGCUCUCGGUGGUGUUCUUCAACAGGAGAGGUACGCUUGGGUCUCUGGGGCUUUGUUGGUUAUCAUCUUUGUCAUCACCGCCGCCUUUAUCGCUACCGUUGAAGGUGCCCUGAAGUACAGCAACACCUUCCUCACAUUCAACCUCGGAUCCCCCGUCGAGCUUAUUCCAUUUAUCAUCGGAUUGUUUAGCUUGCUCAAGGUUUUCGUCGGAAUGGCUGCCGGAGCCGCCAAAGUUAUCAAUGAUGGUAUGUCUCGAUCUCGAUCCGAGACACCAGAAGGAAAGGAGUUGAGCUCGAGACCAAGCACCGGCGCUGGCUUCCGUUUGUAG